UGAUAAAAUUAAAUGGGAGCAGAUUAAAUAUGUUCCUUCCAGACUUUAAUUUGAUUCUGUUAUAGCUGAUACUGCACCACGCCAAUCAUCUUGUUUUGUGUAUAGAAUCGGUUCAGUGUUUGCGGAGAUCAGAUUGCUCAUAACAUAAACAUGGCGGCUAAGGAGCAAGAAUCGCGACUUUCCUUGAAGCUGUUGAUAGAUGAGAAGCGCAAUCGAGUAGUUGCUGCGGAAGCGCACAAGGAAUUUGUGGAUAUACUUUUCAGCUUCCUCACCCUCCCCAUGGGAACGAUAAUCCGGGUCACCAGCACUGGAGAGGCAAAAAAUCCUGUAACAAUCGGGUGUAUGAACAAUCUAUACCAUGGUGUUGAAAAACUGAGCAAUGAAAAUUGGGGGACAGAACUGUGCAAGACCAUAGUCCUGCAUCCACGAAAUCCACUAGGGUACUUCUGCCAGAAUUUGAAAGUGAACAUCGAUGACUCUUGGUCCAAUACGAACUACCUUUGUUCUCGGAAAUGUUGUUUGAUGAGGAGCUGGUACCUAAAUUUAAGGUGCAUAUGUGGGGCGAAGACAAACAUGAGAACUACGGAUAUGGUAAAUAAUGAGGGUGCGUUUUUGCAGAAGGGGAGGACAAUGUUCAUAAUCAGUGAUGAUUUACAAAUCAGACCUGCUUGUCCAAUCCUUCUAGCUCAACUUCUAUCCAAUCUGGGUUUAAGUGAAACUGAUGGAAUCAGGGAGAUGCGGGUACAAGUUAGCAAGGACCAGGUAAUCUGUCUCCUUGCACGUUCACUGGUUUCAGAGUCUCCUUUGAGUGAUGUGUUUCUGCCUAAUCCUACAAAACAUGACACAAAAUUGCCUAAGCCUGAGAUUGAGAUCACAUUGCAGACAACUGAACAAAAUGAGGCCCCCACUCUGAAUCUUCAAGUAACAUUAAACAAGUCAACAAACAAGAUAUUGUUUGCCAAGGCCACUAAUGAGUUCUUUGAUUUCCUGUGUACCUUUCUAACCAUUCCUAUUGGAUCAAUCAUACAUGUUUUCCAAAGAAGCUUGGGGUUAGGAGGAUGCCUGAACAACUUGUACGCGAGUGUAGAGGAGUUAGAAGAUAAAUGGAUUGGUUCUAGCAUUAAGUCUGCUAUUCUCAAUCCCCGGAUCACCCAAUAUCAUAACUGCAAGAAGCAGCCUCUUAAAUUGGAUGAACUAAUAGAGAACGAAAAUCUGAUUGACCCUAGGCCUAACGAGAAUUUUGCAGCGGAACCUUCUUUAUUCAUAGUUUUAGACAAUUUGGACGUGAAGCCUUUGUCUUCUGCUUCAAGUUUUCUCAUAUUGAGGGAACUAAAAGUGGCUUUCAGUGAUAUUGAAGAACAGGUGAUCACUGUCGGAAUGAAUGAGGCAUUGAGCUUACUGAAGGCUGCUCUUACAUCACCAUCAUCAGCUCUAACAAAUGGCCUAGCCUCCUUUUUGCAGAAGAAGAAGCAGGAAGCAUAAUAGCAGAUACUAAGAAAAUCGUGGGUACGGUGGUUUUAUUAAUUGAAGCCUCAGAAUUGAAUGAAGUUCAGCUCUAUAAUCUUGUACCUAGUAUUCUUGUUAUACUUCAUCGUGCUGCGUUUGUAGUUUGAAACCAAUGUUUGUUUGUGUCCUAUAACUAAGUCCGCUUUGUUUGGUAUGUGUAAA